AUGGCGCCUUCAGGAAAUUUUUCAAAUUAUGCAUGUCUUGGAUCUGAGGAUUCUAGCAAUCAUCCUGACUUGGAGCGCAUUGGUGAAAGUAUACUUCCUAAAUUAAAGGGUUCUCCUUUGGCCGCCAUAACUCUGGGCCGCAUGUUGAAAGCAAUCCCUGAAGUAUCACGUUGGAAUUCUAUACUUGAGAGUGAACUGUGGGCGUGGAAACAAAAGGAGACCGACAUUUUACCUGCCCUUCGGUUGAGCUACAUAUAUUUACCAUUCUACUUGAAGCCAUGCUUCGCAUUCUGCGCUUUGUACCCCAAAGAUUACAAAUUUGAGAAGGCAAAGUUAGCUGAAAUUUGGGUGGCAGAAGGCUUCGUGGAGCCUCAAGGUGGUGUUCCCAUUCAAGAUGUUGGCUGUCAGUAUUUUGAAGAUCUUGUAGCACAGUCCUUCUUCCAGGAGGUUAAUGGUGGAUACGUAAUCCAUGACCUGCUCCAUGACAUGGCACAAAUGGUUUCAAAGCACGACUGCUUCAUCUUAAGAAACAAGAGUGACUUUGAUAAAGUUCCCCAGAAUGUUCGUCAUCUAUACGUACUCCCUAGCAGUGACUUUGAUGAAUCCAACUUGCCGAGCCUAUGCAAGUACACAAAGCUGCGUACCCUAAUUUGCAAGAAGAGUUUAGGAAGAAAUGCAUGUAUUGUAAUGGGUCGCUGGUGUACUGAACUUCUCCAUAUGCGUGUGAUGUCUUAUGCCUUCACAGAUAUGUUACCAGAUAAUAUUGGCAACUGGAAGAAUCUUCGGUACCUUGAAAUCUCUAGACCUUGUUAUUUGAAGAAGAUUCCUUCAACUUUCUGUUGGCUAUAUAAUAUGCAGAUUUUCUAUGCCAAGAAAUGCCAGAUGGAAAUGCCCGGUGACUUUGGUAAGUUGAUCAGUUUGCAGAAAUUCGAAUCAAACGGAUUAACUCUUGAUUCCGCCAAUAAAGGGGGAAAUGGAGUUAGGUCAAUAAAGAAUCUGAACCAAAUUCGUGGAUACUUGGUGAUAAAUAAUCUUGGCGCCCUAAGUAAGGAUCAGGCAGCGGAAGCUGAACUGAAAAAUAAGGAAUAUCUUGAUAGGUUGACACUGAAUAUGCAUAUGCCAAGGGUUUUAGGCUACCCUUUGUCUCACACCAUCCAGAACAGAGAAGUGCUUGAAGUUCUACAACCUCCUAUCAGCCUCAAGUUUCUGGUCCUAGAGAAUUAUGGCGGUUCCUCACUCCCAAGCUGGUUUCAGCCACAAAACUUGCCAAGUUUAGAAUCACUCACUUUUGUAAGAUGUGAUGGACUCAACAGCAUAAACUUAAAUGAGAUACUCGCAUUCCUAUCCCUCACAGACUUAACAAUUGAAUGGUGCAAAAAUAUAUCAAGCCUCGAAGAUCUUCUGCAUCAAGGUUAUGUACCAAGCAUCAAGAAAAUAGGAAUUAGAAAUUGCAAGAUCUUACCAUCAAUACCAACUGAAAAGUUCCGGGAUUUGCAAUUUCUUGAAGACCUGUGGAUAUCCGAAUGUCCAAACAUCCGCCUCCAGAGAUUGGUUUCGCAGUCCCUUAAGAAGCUCGGCCUGUGGGGUUCUGGUCUCUUUUGCAAUAUCGACUGCUGCUCCCUCACUGAAUUUACUGUAUCAUGCAAGUCUAUCACAUACAUCCAACUGCAAACGUGGAGUCUUCCAGCACUACAGAGCUUGGAAAUUAGCUGUGGAUCUCUUACGUGUAUUGGAGACUCCCCUAAUAGUUCCAUUUCCGCGGGAACUGGCAGCAUUAGAGCAUUCUCAUCCCUUAAAGUCAUAGCAAUUUCUCGCUGUGCUAAAUUGCCAACCCUUGAUGACCUGCUAACACAAGAGUAUCUACCUGCCAUUGAGAAAAUUGAAAUUAGCUAUUGUUUGAAGUUAAAGUCCCUGCCAGCUGAAAGGUUUGGGAGUUUUCCUUAUCUUAAACAUCUGAAGAUUUAUUCGUGCCCAAGUCUCGAGUGGCAAAGAGGUUUGGUGCUGCCAACAUACCUCCAAAGCCUCUGCUUAAUGGAAUGUGGGGAUAUCUCUCCAUAUGUUCCCGGAUGCCUACAGAACCUCACAUCCCUCGUCUCACUUGAAAUUGGUGGAUGCAAUGGUAUAACAUCCAUUCCAAGCAACAUCUGGUACAAUAAUCAUGUAUCACUCCAGAAAUUGGUGAUUGAGAAUUGUCCAGGCCUAGUUUCAAUCGGUGGAGCAGAAGCACUUGCAAAUAUCAAGGAGGUGAAGAUAUGCGGGUGUCCAAACUUAGCGAACGAGGAGCAGAUCAAUAGAAGAUCCGGCCCAAGUACAAGGAGGAUAUGGAGGACUAGGUGA